CACCCCCAAUUCAUAUUUGGUACCUACCCAAAGGAUUCCCGGUGGGGAACGAGAGCGGUCCAUUUGCGCCUUUUCAUUGGUCUACGAUUAUAGCUCUGGGGACGAGAUGAGCGGGUUGAUUCAAACCGACAAGAUGGCGGCGAACGUUUUGGUGGAUUCUCGAAGGGUAUUUGAGGAGGUAACUCAACAGAAGCUGAAGCUUGUUGAAGCUAAAGAACUGCUCCAGGAGUCUGACUACAAUGCCAGGUCUGUCCUCAACCACACCAAGGGCCAGUGCUCAGACCUGAAGAUGACCUGGCUGGAGCUGCAGACCCGAGCUAAGAUCCUGGAGUAUCUGGAGAGGGGCAGGGGCAGCUGGCCUGAGCUGGGGGCAGUGGAUGUUGAAGUGAAGGAAGCUAAGAAGAAGGCAUCCGGGAUGAAGAAGGAAGCAGCCCAGCAGGAGAAACUGUUGUCUGAGCUUGCUCAACAGGCCAACACAAUAUAUGAUGAACAUGUGGAAAAGGUUGCCAAGUUACAGGAGAGAAUCGCUCAGGUGGAGAAAACGGAAGCCAGGCUGGAGGAGGUUCUACAGAAACAUCAGACAGUGGGACAACUGCUCAACCUUCCUAAGAUUGACCAGACAUUUGACAUGGCGGCGUUACUGCAACAACACACUGACGGCAUUAGGAAGGCGGAAUCAGCGCUGUCAUCCUGUCGAGUUGCCAUGGUGACGUUACAACAGGAGAUGGCCCAGGCUAUGGAGGAGAGGGACAAGUUUUUGUCUCAGAAGCAGGCAGUACAGAAAACCAUGGAGGAGUUACUGAGUAGGAAAGAGCAGGGGACAGAGAAGAUCAGGGCACAGGCUGCAUGGUGUAAACAAGCCUACAAAGUCCUGAGCCAGUUGAGCGGUGUGGAGGAACAUUCUGUGGUUGGGAAGAGUCUGACAGUGAAACUUGUGCCUCCACCGGACUCCUCCUGCAAUGUCAUCCCACUUCUCACCCUGCACUUCAGGGAACAACUGACAGGGGGCUUCACUCUGGAAGGGGCUGUGGUGGACCCUCCCAGUCUUGAGAUUGAGGAUCUGGUCGAGGUUGCCAUGGAAACCAACGACACCCUGUUCUUUGUGAACCGCGUGCGAGAACGCUUCUUCACCCAGAUGCCACUUCUGCAGGAGAUAGAAGGCCUACGCCACAGGUUUGCCAUUGACUACGAGGCAGUACAGAAGCGUGUGCGAGUGAUGCUCGGAGAGGGAGGGAGAAUCACCUGUACCCUGGACAUCGGGAGAGACUACCCUGGUGCUGGGGGGGUGCAGCUGGUGGACUGUACAGGCAUUCCAGAGGGGAAAACCCUGCAGGAGCUACUGCCUUCUACCACCCAUCUCAUCACCCUGGAACAAUGGCUGGAACAUCUGACCACAGUCUGUUCUGAAUGGUGACGGACUGGAAGGCAAGAAUAUUCUUAAUAUGUACAUACACAAUGUCAUGUAUAAGGUAUAAAGGAAUAGUUAAGCUUGGGAUACAGGCAGUGUAAAAACUUGCUAAGAUUAUCAUGACUAUGUUGGUUUGUUGUUGUGCUGCCCAAAACCAUGGGGCCAAAUCACUGUACAAUGCAUCUUCAACUGAAGCAGUUAUAUAUGCAUGUAUGAUUCUACAGUUGUUCUCACUGCAAAUAGAGUGAAUAUAUAUGCAUAAAUAUUUUUAUCCUAGACCUGAGUUCUCUCAUGGAAUUUGUUGGAGAGGGUAGAGAUGUCUUAAGCAUUGAUAUUUCCAUAGUGUGCAUUGAUAGCAUAUAGAAGAUACAAAUAAAGAUGUUGUAAAACUUUU